CAGGAUGUCUUUGUCCAGGAUUCAGUGUCUGAGGCUGGCCGCUGUAGUGGAGGACUGUGCAGACCAGCUGGAGAUACUGGGACACACCCUGACGGUGCAGAUCAGGAAAGAGCGAGGAGACGCAGCGGCAGAGGAGAAACCCAGGUUGACCAAGCUUAGGAGAGAUUGUCAGUCCAUCACGGAGCAGGUUUCUUUGCUGCACGUGGAGCUGGACGAGAAGCAGAGCAUCGCUUCUCUGCUGCAGGCGAGUGAGGAAGAGGAGCAGAAGGAGAGGGAUGAGGAAAUGGGAAGAGAGGCAGAGAAAGAGAUGGAGCAGAGAAAACAAACUCUGCGAAGAGAAUGUGAGGAGAUUCUAGAGAAAAAAGAGAAACUGCAGGACUUGAUCCUGCAGGCCAGAGAUCUGCAGGAUAAAAUGGACGAUCUGUCAUCAAAGGUGGCCCAAAGGAAGAAGCUUGAGGAGAAAAACCUUGAGCUGCAGCUCCAGCAGACACAAAGGGAGAGCAGCCAGUCCAAGCAGCUGCUGGAGGACGAGCAGGAGCUGCUGCAGACACAGAUGAAAGCGGAGAUAAGAGUUCAUGAGGAGUCGGAGAAAUUCCUGCAAAGUCGAAAUGAGGAGGUGCAGCAGCAGCUGGACCAGUGGCAGCAGCUUACAAAGCAGAUGCUGCAGGAGACGGAGCAGCGGCUCAACAGUGAGAGCUGCAAAAGAACUGUGAACUUGGACAGAUUGAUGGAGAUGAAGAGGAAGUACAGGGAGAUGGAGCAGGUGGUAAUGGAGGACAGGGAGGAGCAGGAGAAGCUGCGUCAAGAGCAGGCAAAGGCCAGAGCUGCUACCAAGGUGCAGGCGUGGUGGAGAGGCUGCAUGGUACGCCGGUGCCUCGGUAGCUUCAAAAAAAAAGAGGAAAACAAGAAAGGCAAGAAGAAAAAGAAAGAAGGAAAGAAGAAGAAGAAAUGAGUGUUCUUGACCCCAGUUUGAGACGUUGGAAUAAUUUAUUGAAUUCCAAAAUAAUAAAUAAUCAUCUCUUUAUUUGUAUGAAACAUACAUCAUGUAACAAAAUCCAACAAGAAAUAAAAGAGUACGCUACUUCAUCACAUUGGUGGAGGUAAAAUGGA